GGGGAGGGGGCGGGUCUCGGUCCGGGUCUUCACUCGGCAGCUGGACGAGCAGGAGGGAUGCGGCGGGCCGGUUCUGCUUCAGCGUCUGCCGCGGUUCUCUUGUAGGAAGACCUUGAGCUGCUGACUGCUGUUUGGUGAAGUAUAAAUUAAGCAAGUGGAGGCCAUGUUUGAAACAAUAGAUACUCACCGGGCCCUCCAGGCAGUGGAACGCCUGCAAGCAAAGUUACGGGAACGAGGUGAUACAGCAAACGAAGAGAAAUUGAGUUUACUGAAAUCAGUGCUGCAAAGUCCUUUGUUCCAUCAAAUCCUAAACCUUCAGGCUUCUCUUCCACAAUCAAGAGAUCAGGUACAUGUUGCACCUUCUAUCUCCUCAUCUGGCGAGCUCCUGCAGCUUUCUCAUCAUGCUGCUAUUGUGGAAUCUUCACUCCCAAAUGAAUCCUAUCUGUUGGCUCAGCAGAAUGGCAGCCUUUCUAGUGGGCUAGAAGCAGCUGCACGAUCUCCUCAGAUUAUUGUGAAGUCUGCUAGUGAUGACUUUGAACUACUGAUCAGAAAUAUGGCACAGGGACGCCUUGUUGAGACCAUAGAACUCGUGAAGCCUCUAAGCGGUGGUCUAGGCUUCAGUGUAGUUGGCCUGAAGAGUGAAUAUAGAGGUGAACUGGGCAUAUUUGUGCAGGAGAUUCAAGACGGAAGUGUGGCACAAAGAGAUGGAAGGCUGCAGGAAGCCGAUCAAAUCCUUGCCAUUAACAGGCAACCCCUUGACCGGACCAUCACGCACCAACAGGCUAUUGGGAUCCUACAGAAAGCAAAGGAUUGUGUCCAGCUGGUUGUGGCCAGGGGCGCCUUGCCUCAGCUUAUCAGCCCUGUGAUUUCUCGGUCCCCAUCAGCUGCUAGUACAAUCUCAGCCCACUCCAAUCCAGUUCACUGGCAGCAUGUGGAGACCAUUGAGCUGGUGAAUGAUGGAUCGGGUCUGGGAUUUGGGAUAGUUGGUGGAAAAUCAACUGGAGUGAUAGUGAAAACCAUCCUUCCAGGAGGAAUAGCUGAUCAGCAUGGUAGCCUGUGCAGUGGAGAUCACAUAUUGAAAAUUGGUGAUACAGAGCUGGCUGGAAUGAGCAGCGAGCAGGUGGCGCAAGUCUUGAGGCAGUGUGGAAACAGAGUGAAGCUGGUUAUAGCCAGAGGCCCACUUGAGGAGCCCACGCCACCAGCAGUUCCUCCAGGAACACCAGUACAAACCUUUAUGCUGGAUAACCAGAGAGAUGAAGAGACACAAGUUGAAAAUGAUGCUAAUGGAAAUAUGUUUGAUGUGGAACUCACAAAAAACAUCCAAGGAUUAGGAAUAACUAUUGCUGGCUACAUUGGAGACAAAACCUCAGAACCUUCUGGUAUUUUUGUAAAGAGUAUCACAAAAGGCAGUGCAGUUGAACACGAUGGUAGAAUCCACGUUGGAGACCAAAUUAUAGCAGUGGAUGGAAGAAAUCUUCAGGGUUUUACCAACCAGCAAGCAGUGGAGGUUCUGCGGCAUACUGGCCAAACAGUUGGACUCACGUUGGUCAGAAGAGGCCUUAAGCAGGAAAAUCACAUUCAACCCCAUGAGGACUUCAGUGGUGCUGUUGAAAAGGAUUUAAUUUUCCAAACGAUGGAUGUUGGCACAGGCAAAGAAAGCUGUGAAGGAGAGCAGGACCCUCCAUCAUUGUCAUGCAGUACCAGUGCGAUUCACACUGGAGAAGACGUUGGUCCAGAACAAUCAGGUUUUCAGCUAACUUCCACCGAAGAAGAAAUAUCAUUGCAGAACAAAUGGCAGUCAUUUUUGGGAGCACAUUAUGAGGUGGUGGUAGCUCACGUGAACAAGUUCAGUGAAAGCAGUGGACUGGGGAUCAGCUUAGAAGCUACAGUAGGACAUCAUUUCAUCCGAUCUGUUUUGCCGGAAGGGCCAGUUGGACGAUGCGGCAAGCUGUUCAGUGGAGAUGAAUUACUAGAAGUAAAUGGAAUAUCUUUGCUUGGAGAAAAUCACAAGGAUGUAGUAAAUAUUUUAAAAGACCUGCCCAUCAAAGUAACAAUGGUGUGUUGCCGUGCAGCUCCACCUAUUAGUCAGUUGUUAAUGGAUGAAUCUCAGAUGUCAGAACAGUCUGUUGUAGAUCUUGGCGGACUCCUUGGCUCUUCAGAGACAGAGGAUGCUAACCUGGACAUGGAUAAUAUGGGCCAGAGUUCAGAUGAGGUUCAAGGAUCUCCUUUGGCAAUGUGGGAGACAAACAUACAGCAAAUUGAGCUAGAGAAAGGGAGCAUGGGACUUGGAUUUAGCAUAUUAGAUUACCAGGACCCUGUGGAUCCUGCGAAUACAGUGAUUGUGAUCCGCUCUCUAGUUUCUGGGGGAGUGGCCGAACAAGAUGGCCGGCUUCUCCCCGGAGACAGACUUAUGUACGUGAAUGACAUCAACUUGGAAAACGGCAGCCUGGAGGAAGCUGUGCAGGCCCUGAAAGGAGCGCCGAUGGGAACGGUUAGGAUAGGAGUCGCAAAGCCGUUGCCUCUUUCACCAGAAGAGGGCUAUGUUUCUGCUAAGGAAGAUUCCUUUUUCUACACUGCCCAGUCCUUUGAGGAGGAAGGGCCAGCUGAUUCAGCCCUCUUCCAUGCUGAGCUGGCUCUGGUGGAUUCAAGUGAGGCAGAUCUAGUGGAGGAAUCCACCUUCGAAUCGCACUAUUCCCCAGACCAUGAUGGUACAUUCCAGUCUUCAGUUUCAGCUCUGCAUGGCAGCGCCUGUGCCGAUGAUCUGAAGUAUAACCUCUCACUACCCUCGUCGACUCCCAAGGCUGUUUGCAAAGAAAGUUCAAAUGCCUCAGUCGGUUACCAUUUACCAGACCAAAACCUGUACACCAUGGAUCUAAUGCAAAGGGGAGCAGAGAACAGAUCUUCUGCUGAUGUAUGUGUGGAACAGUCUGCUGGGAUCACAAGAAAAGACCCAGUAACGCAUUCUCCUAAGAAACAAGCUGAACAUGAAAGCACAGGAACUUGGACAGCUGAAGCCUCACGCAAUGCAAAUUUAACUUCUAGAUUGAACCCUGACGCUACUGGGAAAGACCACGUACUCUUGAUGGAAAAUAACAGCUUAACGCACGCUGGGAGGUAUUCUGCAACCCUAAAUACAAACAAAAACAAGUUUGAGAAGACGAUUACUAUUGCAAAGGGCAAUUCAAGUUUAGGGAUGACAGUAAGUUCCAAUAAAGAUGGCUCUGGAAUGAUAGUCCGCAGCAUUAUCCAUGGGGGUUCCAUAAGUCGCGAUGGCCGCAUUGGUGUCGGGGACUGCAUUCUGUCUGUCAAUGAGGAACCCACAACUAAUUUAACCAACGCACAGGCACGAGCUAUGCUGCGGAGACAUUCCCUCGUCGGACCAGAUAUAAAAUCUUCUCCAACACCUGCUGAUGAUCAGGCCCCCUUUUAUGUCAUUACCUAUGUGCCAGCAGAGCAGUUUGAAGAGUACCAGGCCAGCUUAGGGCAGCAGCUAGAAGGGAGAAUGCCACUAGAUGUUUUUCCUUCGCAUGUUGUCAGAGAAAUUCCAGAACUACCAGAACGGGAAGAAGGUGAAGGAGAAGAAAGUGAACUUCAGAAUGCAGGCUACAGUAACUGGAACCAACCAAGGAGGGUUGAACUCUGGCGAGAACCCAGCAAGUCGCUGGGAAUCAGCAUUGUCGGUGGACGAGGAAUGGGAAGCCGGCUGAGCAGUGGCGAAGUCAUGAGAGGAAUCUUCAUCAAACACAUUCUUGAAGACAGCCCUGCUGGCAAAAAUGGAACCUUGAAAACAGGAGAUAGAAUAGUGGAGGUGGACGGAAUUAACCUCAGAGACGCAAGCCACGAACAAGCUGUGGAAGCCAUACGGAGAGCAGGCAACCCAGUAGUCUUUAUGGUACAAAGCAUUAUAAACAGACCAAGGCCAGAAUCUCUCUAUAGCUCUGUAUCGCCCUCUGCUCCCAGCGGGCAGAAACCUAACAAUCCAUUUUACCACCAGUCGUUGCAGAACCUCCCUAUGCCUUACUUGCAGUACAACCCUUUCAGUAAGCCUCCUGCCUUCAGCAGCACUAACCCUUUUGUUGAGCCGCUACAGUUCAACACUAACAAGGAUAUGCAGAAUCCAAUUAGAUUUACCACCAGUUGCUCCCCAUGUAACCCCUUUGCUCCUACACCGUUUAAGGCAUCUAGCCAGUCAGAUUCAGAGCCGGAAAAGACUUCGUCUUGUAACCUGCUCCUGCCGCCUCCUUCCCUGUCUCCAGGAAUGAGCAGUGAGGUUUUGCAGCAAUCCUGCAACCAAUACCUGGAAGAGCUGGAUAAGGAAGAUGAGUUCGGGUACAGCUGGAGAAAGAUCAGUCACCGGUAUGGGCAUCUGUCUGGAGAUCUGCACAUGAUAGAGUUGGAGAAAGGGAAGACUGGCUUAGGACUCAGCCUAGCUGGGAACAAAGACCGGUCCAAGAUGAGCGUUUUUGUAGUGGGAAUUGAUCCAAACGGAGCAGCUGGAAAAGAUGGCAGGCUGCAGAUUGCAGACGAGUUACUGGAAAUAAAUGGACAAGUUCUCUAUGGAAAGACUCACCAGAAUGCAUCUUCAAUAAUAAAAUGUGCACCUUCUAAAGUAAAAAUCAUAUUUAUCAGAAACAAAGAUGCUAUCCAACAGAUGGCUGUUUGUCCUGGGAAAUCAGCAGAGACUUCACCUUCCUCUUCUGGGCUACUUCAGUAUGAAGAGGGUGAAGUGAAUGACCCAAGCUCUAUUUUUCCCAUAGACCAGAGUUUAUAUAAGAAUAUUAAAAAUGUGGAAUUGCCUAAAGAUCAAGGAGGCAUAGGUAUUGCCAUCGGUGAAGAAGACACAUUUAACGGUGUGGUUAUUCAGAGCUUAACAGAGCAUGGUGCAGCAGGAAAGGAUGGCCGAAUUAAGGUUGGAGAUCAGAUUCUGGCAGUGGACGAUGAAGUUGUUGUGGGGUAUCCUAUAGAAAAGUUUAUCAGUUUGCUGAAGACAUCAAAACCCACUGUGAAACUCACAAUCAAUUCAGCCGAAGAGGAGAGUCAGACAGCUGCGCAGCCACAAACACCGGUUUACAGUACUACUUCGGGUGAGAGAACUAAUAUCCAACAAUCAGCCGUUGUUUCACCUUCUGAAUCACCAGAACCAGAGUCAGUUAAAAACACAAGCAGGUCCUCAACUCCAGCCACAUUGAUAUCUGACCCAGCUACAUGCCCAAUCAUCCCGGGGUGUGAAACGACAAUCGAUAUCUCCAAGGGACGUACCGGUCUUGGCUUGAGCAUAGUAGGAGGAGCCGAUACUUUGCUGGGCGCAAUUAUUAUCCAUGAAGUGUAUGAAGAAGGAGCAGCGUCCAAAGAUGGAAGGCUCUGGGCUGGCGAUCAGAUCUUGGAGGUGAACGGAAUCGACCUAAGGAACGCAACGCACGACGAGGCCAUAAACGUUCUCAGGCAGACGCCUCAGAAAGUCCGCCUCACCGUCUACAGGGACGAAGCCCAGUAUAAGGAAGAAGACAUGUAUGAUGUGCUCAGUAUAGAGCUACAGAAGAAGCCAGGCAAAGGCCUUGGAUUAAGUAUUGUUGGGAAGAGGAAUGACACUGGAGUGUUUGUGUCAGACAUUGUCAAAGGAGGCAUAGCAGAUCUGGAUGGGAGACUGAUGCAGGGAGACCAGAUAUUAAUGGUGAACGGGGAAGAUGUUCGAAAUGCUAACCAGGAAGCAGUGGCCGCUUUGUUGAAGUGCUCAUUAGGUACAGUCAGACUAGAAGUUGGAAGAAUAAAGGCAGGCCCAUUCCAUUCGGAGAGGAGAACGUCUCAGAGCAGCCAGGUCAGCGAGGGAAGUGGCAGCCUGUCAUCAUUCAGUUUCCCAGGUUCUGGAUCCAACCCACCAGAAAGUUACGAAAGUACUCUGAAGAAGAACUCCUUAGCAUCUGAAAUACAAGGAUUAAGAACAGUCGAAAUAAAAAAGGGCCCUUCAGAUUCCUUGGGAGUCAGUAUUGCUGGUGGUGUCGGAAGCCCUCUUGGAGACGUUCCGAUUUUUAUAGCCAUGAUGCAUCCUAAUGGAGUUGCAGCUCAAACUCAGAAAUUGAGGGUAGGGGAUAGGAUCGUUAGCAUUUGUGGAACACCAACCGAAGGAAUGACUCAUUCUCAGGCUGUCAGCUUGUUAAAAAAUGCUUCUGGCACUAUUGAAAUACAGGUUGUAGCUGGUGGAGAUGUCAGUGUCAUAACCAGCCAGCAGCAAGAUCCACCAACAUCUAGCCUUUCGUUUGCUGGACUAACAACAAACAGCAUAUUUCAAGAUGAUUUGGGACCUCCACAGUAUAAAACCAUCACUCUGGAUCGGGGACCCGACGGCCUGGGCUUCAGCAUCGUAGGCGGGUAUGGAAGUCCUCAUGGAGACCUGCCCAUUUAUGUGAAGACUGUGUUUGCAAAGGGUGCUGCAGCAGAAGAUGGGCGACUGAAGAGAGGGGAUCAGAUCAUUGCUGUCAAUGGGCAGAGCUUGGAAGGGAUCACGCACGAAGAAGCGGUGGCUAUUCUAAAAAGAACGAAAGGAACGGUGACCCUGACUGUUCUCUCUUGAACCCUCUUCCCCCGAAGAUUUGGGUCAGCACAAUUACUCUGUCCACAUUCCACACAGCAAAGAGAAUGGAAAUGCUUAUAUCGUUCUCUUGCUCACUGCAGCUGCCAGAUUGUUUGACAUCAUAGGUGGAAAACACAACAACAACAAAUGAUCUUAUUUUUAUACGCAGUAGAAAUAGUUUCUUGCUGUCAAGGUACAGAGGUUGGUUUCUGUAGCAUAGGACAGUGUCAGGAGAACUUGAGAGCAGCACUAAUAGAAUCAAAAUGGAGGCAGGGAGGAAUCAAUGAAAGGAGAAAAAUAUAAAGUAAUUAUGAGACA